AAUUCAAAGGCUUUGCAUCAGUAGUGAUGAGUACGCUAGCAAUGCAGUCACCACAAACUUACCCGGCUUACUAUGGUGGCGGUUUACAGAAUAAGGAACCCCAGAACCAUACCAAUCCUUUGGAUUUUUCUUAUUCUCAGUGUCGUAUGCAAUCGCCCAGUUACUACAACCAAAAUGCACUGCCGAAUUUUAUGUCAAUGUCACAAACAAGCCAUAACGCGCAAGUUAAUGGAUACAAUACAGAACCUGUUCCUCCGUUCCAACAUGGACAGUUACCCAACCAAACCACCGCCGAAACGAGUCCUGUGGACCACGGCCAUCAGCCGUACUUCCCAAAUCAACAAGAACCUAACCAAAAUUGCUCGUUCCAUCAGUACGCUUGGCUGAAGAGCACCGCUCCUGAAAAUUGGUGGCACAACGCUUCUUCAACCAACGCUUGGAGUAACCGAACCGAAGGCAAGCGUAAAAGGACCGCAUACACGAGAAAGCAGCUCCUUGAACUAGAGAAGGAAUUCCAUUUUAACCAUUUCCUGACGAAGGAGCGAAGAUCGGAGAUGGCAACACAGUUAAACUUGACAGAACGYCAGGUUAAAAUAUGGUUUCAAAACCGACGAAUGAAAUGGAAAAAAUGCAAUGCCCAGGCACUUACGAAAACCAAGUCACCAUCAAGCGCAACGGGUGGAAUGCCCUCUUCAACUCGACAGGAUUUACACAUGACCAACAGUACAUCAGCCUCGCAACUCAAUGCAGACUCCCUCGGCAACUCGAACUCACAGAUUCAGAACUGUAUGGGCUUUAGAGGUACAUAGAUACGCUCAUUUUUUACUCAGAAAAGAAAUGAGAAAAUACAAUUGACAAAAAAUUACAGGUUAUUUGAAAGAUGAACUAAAGAGUAGAGUAACAUAGCUUAUAAGGAAAUAGAAUUUAUCUCAGCAAUGAAAAAAGAGAAAAUACCUAAGAACUGCUUUGAUGACGAUUGGUUAUUAUCGACUAGAACAGACCGUAAUUUAAGGUUUCUUUUUACAGUAUGUGAAUAGCAGCUUAUCUUUUCAAGUUAUAUCUAUUACUUAAGUAAGGUUUCAGAGGUUUUAUCGUGACUGAGUGAGCGAAAAUAACCCUGUAUUUUUCAAAAGAAGAACUUUCUAUUUAACACACACGCAGAAGAAGAAGAGGCUCUUUACAAAGUAUGUGAAUUUGAACUGUAUAUAAUUGUGAAUAAACCCAAAUUGUUCCAAAAAUGACUUGAAGAAGCUCUAAAAGAACCUUUGAUAUUAUUGAAGUUUUAAUUCAAUAAGUGCAAGAACCUUCUUAGAUCUUUGAGCAGUGUCCAAAAACUGUGUCGAAACAAUGAAACAGGUAGAAGAAACACCGGAAAACUUAAGAAAUGGUACUUGAUUUCUCUUUAUUCGAUAACCCUAAAGAACUAAAAGCUGAAGUAAGUUGGUUGUUUUCGAUUAGAUGUGGUUUAAAGUACACUGUUGGACUGGCAACGAUUCGUAAACUAAGUCAGAAGGCUGUUCUACCAUUGAUAUUUUACCAUUGUUUUCUUUGAGAAGCCUUAAUCUCGCUUCAGAAUUUUUUCCUUUCUUAUCAAAUUGGUCAGUGUUGUUCUGUGAGGCAUGUGAAAGGCUUUUAAAGGGGGGACAAAAACUUCUUGACUCGAAGGUCUCCGUGAUUGACCUUAUUUUUGCUUGUAACUUUUAAUGGUUUUUAUACUAUAAAUGGAGUUUGGUAUCUUGUGUUAAUCAAGAAACCGUGGACACACUAUUUGGAGAUAUACAAUUGUAGGGUGAGACAUCGCUUAUUGAAUAGAGAGCAUUUAACUAACGCUCCUCCUAUUUUCCUCCACGAGCGAUACUGAUCUUGACUUGAACAUCAUUCCUAAAUAUACUAUUUUAAUCCAUGUAGAGGCUGAAAUGCUUCGAACAAAGAAUCAAUCCUUUGUUCCUUGAACCAUGAUCGUCAUUUUCCCUUGGUUAGACUUUUGAGUAGAUGAAAUGUUAGUGAAAGGCAUAGAUGAUAAGGGAUUUUGGACCUCACCAGUACAAGUGCGAACUACAAGGUGUAAAUUCAAAUCCUUAGAUUUCUGCUCAAACAAGUGUGAAAGUGAGGUGUUGAGACAGUGCAAAUGCGAAAUCUUAAUACAAUAUAAUAGAGAAUAGUCAAUCACAGGACAAAGACUCCUAGCCACAGUAAAAUUCAAGAGAAAACUCGAGCUAGUAUUAUCAUCAACAAGACUACUCAGAGAAUAGCAUCUAGAACAACUUGGCUGUGGAUAUCGGUCCACUGUAAAAUGAUCGCAAACUGAUCUCACUUGCCGCUAAAAUAUUUAAAAAGAACUAUUUAAACUGUACAAUAAUUUCGAAUAUCUAAUGAUAUGUAAUAAAUCAAUUGUUCUUAGCUGCCGUAAA